UGGUUCGGUGUUACCUUCCAGAUGUGGUCUAUGUGUUUCUCGCUUGUGAUUGAUCGUACGCUGGAAUGAAGCUGUCUAACAAAGUGAUGCGAGUUGUAGAAUAGAAUGCCUGUAUCAUCAGAACCCAUUUGUGUGAUCUAAAGCGUACUUUCUGUGUAGUAUAAAAUUGUAUCGUAUUUGAUCGUGAAGUUCGAAUUCUGUGUUGAUGUUGUUUAAGCCAAGCGCCGAGAAAAGCAGCCUGAGACGUAGAUGUGUAUGACAAGUUGAACAGCUUGCCUGCCAAAAAUGAUAAUUGUCAAAUGUUCCACCGCUAGUAGUGACACGCGCGAUGGUGCACGUCCCGCAGCUACCGGUUCCGGAUUUCGGCAGGAAGUGCCCAAACGCAUCGGCCGGAAGUGGUGAAAUUGGAAUCGAAGAAAAUGAAUGAAACAAGCCAGCGGGCCGGGGAAAAACGCAUUCAAAGUGUAUCGUCAACAUCGACGAGUGGAGUGAAAACGGAAAAUAGGUGCUCCGAAAAAGGAGUGUACGUGUGUGCGUGUGUGAUGAGUAUGUGUAUCGUCAGCCGUUAUUGUUUUGUAUGAUCUUUCAAUUUUCUAAAAAGAAAAAAGGGGAAAAAGAGUGUACGUACGCGGUGUGAAGUUGUUGGCUGCAACUAGUGACGAACGUGCGUUGCAAAUUGAAGUAAUUGCCGUGCCCUAGCGGGAAAAGCGGGGUUCGGUACCGGAAGGAAGAAAAAAGAGCAGUCAAGACGCAAAACUGCGACUCCCAACAACCUCCCCCGCCAACGGAACCAGCAGUGGUUCGAAGAAGAUUGGAAAAUUGACGGCCCGCCAAGAUGGGACUUGCAUCAUCGAAAGCCGUCAAUAGCAUCGCGGUUAGCUCUCACGGGGGUGCGGAGAUGGGCAACGGCAAGCUGAGCAAAGACAGUGUCAUCGUCGAGACGGGCUCCUCCUACCCGUCGGGGGAUAUCCAGCAGCAGCCAUGCUCGAUACUGCCCUCGCCGUCCGGCAGCAGCGGCAUCGACACCUGGAAGUCGUCGAGCUGUCACGUCCGGCAGGCGAGCAUACGGUCCCGGAAUUUGCAGCCGAUGCCAGAUGCCGGCGAACUCGAUCGGCGAUUCGCGAAAGUGUUGGCAUCCAUGGAUCUUCCACCAGACAAAGCAAAGCUGCUGAAAAACUACGACAACGAGAAAAAGUGGGAUAUUAUAUGUGAUCAGGAAAUGGUGCAAGCUAAAGAUCCCCCCGCGCACUAUCUCACCAAGCUAAGAACCUAUCUGGAUCCGAAGGCUUCCCGGAGUCACAGGAAACGAAAGAUGGUGGGAGAAUCGACAUCAACACAGGUGCUGCGGGAUCUAGAGAUUUCCUUGCGAACCAACCACAUCGAGUGGGUGAAGGAGUUUUUGGACGACGAAAACCAAGGUCUCGACGCGCUUAUCGACUAUCUGAGCUUUCGGCUGACGAUGAUGCGUCACGAGCAACGAAUCCAGGAGGCUAAAUCGGAGUCGGACGAGGGCCUAAAUCCGAAAGAGACAAGCGGUAUCAACAGCUCGUACGGUAGCAACGAGGCGAACCAUCGGCUGGUGUCGAACGGAUUCAUGCGACCCGGUCUCGGGGAUAUGAUGGACAGUCCAAGCAUCAAGCGACGCUCGCGACAUAUCGCCAAACUAAACAUGGGACUCACGACGGACGACAUUCACGUGUGCAUCAUGUGCAUGCGCGCCAUCAUGAACAAUAAGUACGGUUUCAACAUGGUCAUCCAGCACCGGGAGGCGAUCAAUUGCAUCGCCCUCAGUCUGAUACACAAAUCGCUACGCACGAAGGCACUGGUGCUGGAGCUGCUGGCAGCGAUCUGCCUGGUAAAGGGCGGUCACGAGAUCAUCCUGUUCGCGUUCGACAACUUUAAGAAAGUGUGCUCCGAGCAGCGGCGAUUCCAGACGCUGAUGGAGUACUUCAUGAACUACGAGCUGUUCAACAUCGAUUUUAUGGUUGCCUGCAUGCAGUUUGUGAACAUUGUCGUCCAUUCGGUGGAGGACAUGAACUACCGUGUGCAUCUACAGUACGAGUUCACGGCCCUCGGCCUGGACGAGUACCUGGAGAAGCUCCGAUUGACUGAAUCGGAAGAGCUGCAGGUGCAAAUUUCGGCCUACCUGGACAACGUGUUCGAUGUGGCCGCCUUGAUGGAGGACAGCGAGACGAAGACGGCCGCUUUGGAGCGUGUUAACGAGCUGGAGGACGAGCUGGGCCGGGCGCUGGAUCAAGCGAGCGAGAUCGAACGGGAAGCGUUAUUCAAGAUUGGUGAACUUGAAGCGGAACUCAGCCGAACACGCUGCGAACGCGAUGAGCUCUACAACAAGCAGCUCGUGGUCGAGGAUGAAGUUGCCAAGCUAAAGCGAGCGCUGAAGCAACACGAGCAGGAGUCCCAGAAUCGAAAGUCGAUGCUGCUGGAGUUGGAAAAUCUUACGAAAACACUACCGAAGGGAACCUCGAUCGCCGAUGUGUCCAACUUGCUGGCCAAGGGUGGUCUCUCGGAGCUCAGUCCAACGAACGGUGGCAAUGGUGGCGGACAGCAGCAACAAGCUCCCCCGAUUCCACCACCCCCAGCGCCACCCAUACCGUCGGCGGGUGCUCCGAUGCCUCCACCACCUCCAUGCCCACCAGGAGGUGGGCUCUCGAACGGUGGCGCUAACGAACCACCAAAAGCCCCGCCGAAGCCACCGACUUUCAUUCCAGUGCCACCACCAAUGGGUGGCCCACCGGGAUUCCACAACGCACUCCACUGCACGGACGGUGCGAUGACGAUCAAGCGGAAGGUGCAGCCAAAGUAUAAGCUGCCCACGCUCAACUGGGUCGCGCUGAAACCGAACCAGGUACGCGGCACAAUCUUCAACGAGCUGGACGACGAGAAGCUUCACCGGCAGAUAGACUUCGUCGACUUUGAGGAGCGUUUCAAGAUCGGCAUGGGCGGUCCGCUGACCAAUGGCAACUGUGAUAUGGACGGGCUGACGGCAUUCCCGAGCAAGCGGUUCAAAAAGCCGGAACACAUUUCACUGCUCGAGCACACGAGAUUAAGAAACAUUGCAAUAUCUCGAAGAAAGCUGGAAAUGCCCAUCGAAACCGUGAUUAAAGCGAUCAACAAUCUGGAUCUCAAGCUGCUCUCCCUGGAGAACGUGGAGCUGCUGCAAAAGAUGACCCCGACCGAUCAGGAGCAGAAGAUGUACAAAGAGUAUGUGAUAGAAAAGAAGGAUCUGAAUCAACUAACCGAAGAGGACAAGUUUAUGCUGCAGCUCACCAAGGUGGAACGAAUCUCGUCCAAACUCUCGAUCAUGAACUACAUUGGAAACUUUUUCGACAGUUUGCAUUUGAUAAGUCCGCAAGUGUAUUCGAUCAUCUCCGCAUCGUCUUCGAUUAAGUCAUCGAAAAAGUUCCGUGCCGUGCUGGAGGUGAUUCUGGCGUUCGGCAACUAUCUGAACAGCAGCAAGCGCGGUCCUGCCUACGGCUUCAAGCUGCAGUCGCUCGACACGCUGCUCGAUACCAAAUCGAACGAUAAGCGCAUGAGCCUGAUGCACUACAUAGUCGCGACCAUCCGGCAGAAGUUCCCGGAGCUGAUGAACUUCGAUACGGAGCUUUUCUGUAUCGACAAGGCGGCCCAAGUGUCACUCGAGAUGCUCAUCUCGGACAUGGGUGAGCUGGAAAAGGGCAUGGAAGCGGUCCGGAAAGAGGUCGACCUGCGAGGCAAAGGCACCCAGAGCCACGUGUUGCGCGAUUUUCUAGCAAACUCGGAGGAAAAGUUGAAGAAAAUUAAAUCCGAAUGUAAAACAGCACAGGAAUCAUUCAAAGAAUGCAUAGAAUACUUUGGCGAAUCUUCACGGAAUGCAGAUGCAAAUGCGUUCUUCUCUUUACUAGUCCGAUUCGUGCGAGCUUUUAAGACAUGUGAUCAGGAAAACGAACAACGAAGAAGACUGGAAGCAGCGGCCUUACAAGCGUCCACCAAGAAAGACGAAGAAGAGCAGGUGGUGAUGCGGAAUAACAAAAUCAAUAGCCAAAAGAAACAACAGGAGGCCGUUAUCAAUGAGCUAAAGCUGAAGGCUCACGCUGUGCGUGAAAAGAAACUGCUUCAACAGGACGAAGUGUACAACGGUGCGCUGGAGGAUAUUCUAAUGGGACUGAAGAACGAACCCUAUCGACGCGCGGAUGCCGUCCGCAGGAGCCAGCGGAGGCGCAUCGAUAGCAAUCGACUUUCCCGAACGAUGGAGGAAGUAGACUUCUAGACCCUUUCGUGCACCUUUCGCUACCGAAACCGACGGGUACUGUAAACCGUGUAAAAUUAUUAGGGUUUAGUUGUAAUAUUUGUUGAACCGAACUGUUUUAGCACCGCUCGAUUUUUAUGUUUUCCAUUAAUAGAAGUAUAGAUCUGAGUGAAGGUGUAUCAUAUAAUUUACGAUUUGUAAAUAACUGAGCUAAACAGAUAGCUUCAGGGAGGCCCACAAAGACUUGUUUAUGGCCCCGUUCCUAUGCGUUACGUUUACAGUAAGGUUAUCAUAUCAAGAUUAUUAAUUGAUAUAGACAUUUUGUUGCCGCUAAUUUGUUUAGUUGGGAUUUAUAAAAUACAAAAAUAUCGAAUGGUUUAUAUAUCAUUUGGAAACACUCUACCCGAUCGCAAGUGGCUCGCAAGAAUGACAAUUUACAAACACAAAACAUAAUAAAAUAACAUUCCAGCAUAAAUCAUGUGAAGUUUUCGAUAAAACGCAAGUUUAUCUUUCUAAAUAUUUACAAAAACAAUAAGCAUAAGACAUGCGGAUAUAUGAAGAUCAAUAUAUUAAGAUUUGAAAUAUUCAUUGCAACAUUCACAGGGAGGUAGUUUACGCCAGUGAUAGGACUAUGGCAUUGAGGAAAUGGGUUCAUGGCAAACUGUAUAUUUGAUUAAAGCUGGUUUGUCUACCGUUGUGUUUCCCAAGUGGACCGGGCAUGUGGUUCAAAGUUUGAGCGGUUAGAUACGAGGAAUGUUUUUUUUAAAUUCCCCUGAAAGUGCGCACAAUAUAAAACGAGCAUAAAAGCAUGCACAACCGACUGAGUGUAACACAACAUUUUUGAACUUUUACAACUCUAAUACAUUUUUAACAAGCACACAUAAAUCAAACUAUUGACGUCCAAUCGUAAACCAGCACGAAAAAGUCAUGACAGAGAACCGGAGGAGAAUAUAAUUUGAAAUAAAAAAUAAAUAACGGUGCUUUUCGAACGGAGAACAAUAAGAGACACGGGACGACGGAAAAAAGUUAAUGAAAAUUGUAAGUGGAAAUGUAUGCAAACACUUCUCUUAAUUCGUGCAGCAGCACACGGAUCUUCUCUACAUUUUCUAGUGGCUUUUCCUGUAGUUCAACUAUGACAAGUAUGAAGAUGCUUUUAAAAUUUCAACUUAAAUAUACUUACUUGAUU